CGACGGUGUUGCAUUCCUUUUUUUGGUUCAAAGAUCAUAAGUAUAUGAACCUGGUUGAGGCAAUCGUUUCGAUGGUUCACCUUCCUUUGCCCUCUUUCUUUCUUGCACGAUUCGAGAUCGUUCUGCUUUUUCCUUCUUCUAACUAUUGACCUGGUGUCUUUUCCUUCGACCAACUCUACAUUCCUUUCAUCUCACAACAAUGCGUUCCACCUUCGUCGCCCUUGUUUUCGCAUCUGCUGCCCUUGCCCGCCCUGCUCGUCUCGACCGUCGCGUCGAUGCUAAAGCAAAUGGAGAAGCCGCUAUUGCCUUGAACGCCAAGUUCGCCGCCCUGACGGCAAACAGCCCUUGCACGGAAGGUGAGGAUGCCUGUGUGACGGGCCAGGUCGCGCAGUGUGUCGGCGGGAAGUUCGUUCUCCAGCCUUGUGCCGCGACCACCCAGUGCUUUGCCCUUCCUCUGGUCAACUCUGCUGGAACAUCCAUCACUUGCGACACCCAGGCCGAUUUCGAUGCCCGUAUCGCUGCGACGGGUGCUUCGGCGGGUGCGGCGGCCCCUCCCCCUCCCCCGGCUAGCACGGCGGCUGCUCCUCCUCCUCCCGCGACCAGCACGGCGGCUGCUCCUCCUCCUCCCGCAACCACCGCAGCGGCUGCUCCUCCCGCCGUAACCUCGGCUACGGAUAACUCUGCUGCUGGUGGGAUCCAAGCUUCGCUCACUCUUGACCCGUCCGUUGUCUGCACGAACUGCACGCAGAAUGGCCAGAACCCGCCUGUGGCCGGACAGACUGCCUCAGACACCAGCCCCAACAACUUCAUCAACUUCUGUGCCGCGACCAUCUCGAACCUGCCCAUCACCAACGGUCAGCAAGUGACCACCGGGUCGUGCAACCCGAUCCCGAUGGGUCAGAUCCCGGCCAAGGACAAGAUGCCGUCCGCCAAGUUCGUCUUUCCGCCGAACCAGGGCACGGUCACCGCCAACCAGGCAUUCAACGUCCAGCUCGCGCUGAAGAACAUCCAGACCGGUGUCUUCACCAACGCCGCGUUCACCUACUUCAUGGCGCCCCAGAAGCUGAAUGCGCAGGGCCAGAUCAUCGGGCACACCCACGUCGUGAUUGAGGCCCUGUCCGCGCUCGGCCAGACCACCCCGACUGACCCGACCAAGUUCGUGUUCUUCAAGGGUAUCGAUGCCCCGGCCGACGCCAACGGCAUUGCCACCGCCGCCGUCACCGCCGGUGUCCCCGCUGGUUCUUACCGCAUCUGCUCCAUCAACACCUCUGCCAACCACGUUCCGGCCAUUGUCCCGAUUGCCCAGCACGGUAUGCUUGAUGACUGUGCCUACUUCACCUCGGCCUAAGCUUGUUGUUGUGUUAUGAUUGUCAUGAUAUUGUAUUACCGUUGUCGUAGGACGUAAUGAGAAGAAAUAAAGCCCACUCGUUUCUGCAGAUCGU